GUGUGUUGGUUAUUGACAUUUCAUCCUAACUUUCCAUCUGUCACUUUCUCAAAAGCCGCGUAUGUGACGGGCGGGGAGUUGCAGAUACACCGACUUUCGGCCUGUCAUUAGCCGACGUUGAGAAGCGCGUUGGCGUCAAAGUUCACCGCUGAUCCCCCCCACUACAAACAUCUACCUGCAAAGGUCAACACUUAACCUCAGCUUGCUUUUGCAUCGCUGACAAUUGAGGAUUGACCGACGUCAGCAAACACCCUUCAUCCCAUAAAGUUCUUACCUCAGACAACAUACAUACACAUCGGACACCAUGACUAGAGGCGAGGUACCUACCCACCCACCCCGCGGAGCCAGGUCCGCGGUUGGCGCGUUUGGAGAUAUAUUUGGGAUAAAGGGGUUGAGGUUGAACCGACACUGAUUCAAUUGUUUGCUACGCAGAUUCUCCAUCUCCAUAUCGGUCAGGCUGGUACUCAGCUGGGUAACAGUGCAUGGGAGCUGUACGUGGAAACCACCGCGUUGAGUGUUAUUUUGUAUGUGUGCUAAUCCAACCGGCUACCCACAGGUACCUUCUUGAGCAUGGCUUGAAGCAAGAUGGUCGUCCCGAUCCAGAGGCACAAGCCAUUCACGAUUCUGGCGAGCUGGACACUGUCUUCACCGAAACCGGCAACGGCAAAUACGUCCCGCGAUCCAUCUUCGUUGACUUGGACCCUUCCCCAAUCGACGAGAUCCGUACAGGUGACUACCGAUCGCUUUUUCACCCUGAGCUGUUGAUCAGCGGUAAGGAGGAUGCUGCAAACAACUAUGCUCGUGGGCACUACACCAUUGGAAAGGAGAUUCUGGACGGCACAUUGGACAAGAUUCGUCGUGUUUUGGUAGGGUUGCCAAUGGAUCCAAACGCGUAAACAUUUACUAAUCAACAUCACAGGACAACUGUUCUUCCCUCCAAGGAUUCCUGAUCUUUCACUCCUUUGGUGGAGGAACUGGAUCCGGUUUUGGUUCUCUUCUCCUCGAACGUCUCUCUUCUGACUACGCAAAGAAAUCGAAGCUCGAGUUUGCUGUCUACCCCGCUCCUCGUGUCUCCACUGCUGUCGUCGAGCCAUAUAACGCCGUUUUAAGUACCCACAGCACCAUUGAGAACAGCGACUGUACCUUCCUUGUCGAUAAUGAAGCUGUCUACGAUAUCUGCCGUCGCAAUCUUGACAUUCCUCGCCCAUCAUUCGAGCACCUGAACCGAUUGAUUGCCCAGGUUGUCAGCUCUAUCACCUCUUCUCUUCGUUUCGAUGGUGCUUUGAACGUCGAUUUGAACGAGUUCCAAACCAACUUGGUCCCAUAUCCUCGUAUCCACUACCCAUUGAUCAGUUACGCACCCGUAAUCUCCGCCUCCAAGAGCUCCCAUGAGAGUUUCAAGACACAGGAUUUGACCCUUCAGUAUGUUUACCCUGCUCACUUUUCUACCAAAAAUAUCUACUGACUUGAUUCCCCAAGAUGCUUUGAGCCAAACAACCAAAUGGUCGUCUGUGAUCCCCGCAAUGGAAAGUACAUGGCUGUAGCCCUCUUGUACCGUGGUGAUGUGGUCCCCCGUGACUGCAAUGCAGCCGUUGCGUCUCUAAAGGCCAAGACCUCAUUCAACUUGGUUGAAUGGUGUCCUACCGGAUUCAAGCUCGGCAUCAACUACCAAAAGCCAAUGUCCGUUCCCUCGACCUCACCAAAUGAUGGCGCUCUAGCUUCAGUUGAUCGAUCCGUAUCUAUGUUGUCCAACACCACUGCCAUCGCCGAGGCCUGGUCCCGUCUUGAUCACAAGUUCGACCUGAUGUACAGUAAGCGUGCAUUCGUCCACUGGUAUGUCGGAGAGGGUAUGGAGGAAGGAGAAUUUUCCGAGGCCCGAGAGGAUCUUGCAGCUUUGGAGAAGGAUUAUGAGGAGGUUGCUGCAGAUAGCUUGGAGCCUGAAGAGGGUGAUGCUGAAUACUAAAAGCACGCGAGCGUUUUGAUAUCCUUGUGGGAGAGAACCUUGGGGAUAUUUUUCCGUCGGCUUGUUUUUCAUGAUUUUUCUUCAUUUUUCGAUUUGGUAUGCAAGACUGAAUGGAAGGAAAAGUUUAAUCAUUAAGU